GAUCUUCCGCGUCAGAUUUUUCCCGCGCGCAUGAAGUCUUUCAAGAAGAUCCAUCGCAACAAAGCACUUCAGGAAUAAUGGAUGUACUAUAUUUAGACAACAUUGAUGAAUACAUCAACGACCACAAUAAAAUUGUAACCUACAAAUGGCUGAGUCUUGCACUUGGUGUCCAUGUAAAUCUAGCCAAACAGAUGCUCUACCAUUAUUUGGACAAAAGCAGAAAGGAUGGAUCCAAAACUCCACUGCACGCUACUUACCUCGUCUCGGGGAAAUGUGUUCAAAAUGGGGGCUUGUGUCAUAAAGUGUCUGUUGUGCGUGAAGAUCAACUGGAGGAUACGAAGUCGCGUAUGGACUCCACCAUCAGCAUCCACGUGUACAGCCUUCAGAAAGCGGAGAUCAAAGACAGCGGCACGCUCUACAGCACCGACUACGAUGCCGUCAGGGACAACCUCAAGAACUGCAACAAGUACAGUGCAAUCCACUGCGAGGCCGCCGUUCCCAUGUCUGCAGCCGAGUUGGAGCUGAUACAAGAUAUUCAACAGCAGCACUCAUCCCCAGAGAAGCCCAGCAAGCCGACAAUAUCCGCCCCCGCUCCUGCCAAGGCUCCCGCACCCACUGCUGCCAAGACAAACGCCAAGGCGAGCAAAGGCAUCAUGGGGAUGUUCGCCAACAAAGCCCCCGCAAAGACGACGACGACGACCCCGGCGGCUAACUUGGAGGUCAAACAGGAGAAGAAGGAGGAGACACCGGCAGUUGAGGCCUCGGAACCCAAACCUUCAGCUAAGACUACCGCCAUGAACAAGUUCUUUGGAACAUCAACAAAGACCCAGGACAAAUCCAUCAAGAAGGAGUCGGAGCCGGUGGUGCCAGAGACGUCUAAACCUUCUCCUGUGAAAAGCAAACAAUCACCUCCGCCUGCCAAGACAAAGGAUACUGAGACGGAGAAGAUGGACGAUGAAGAUUUUAAACCUGCGAAGAAACAAAAGGAAGUGAGGAGUAAAACGAAGAGGCUGGAUCUGAGCGACAGCGACGAAGAGGAGUCGAGGAAGAGGGCGAGCCAGAGCAAGAAGAGGAGGAGGAUAAAGAAACAGUUAGACAGCAGCGACGACGAAGAUGCUCCAGCUAAGCCUGCAGUGGUCACACCACCAAGCCCUGAACGCCAAGUCAAGCUGGAAAGAACAUCAACGGCUCUAGAGGUACCUGCAGGAGAAAAGAUCAGGAAGAGGAGACGAGUGUUGAAGUCCAAAACGUUUCUCGAUGACGAGGGCUGCAUAGUGACGGAGAAGGCCUACGAGAGCGAGUCGUACUCGGAGAGCGAGGAGAUGGAGACGAGUCAGCCGGCCGGCCAGGCGAAGGCUGCCGCUUCUCUGCCGUCGUUCCCGCCAAAGAGCACGGAGGGGAAGAAGAGCGGCGGCAAGAAGAGUAGCGCCGCCGCUAACGCUAACAAGUCCACCAAGCAGGCCUCCAUCAUGGGCUUCUUCCAGAAGAAAUGAGGACGCAGAGAUGUGUGUGUGUGUGUGUGUGUGUCUGUGUGUGUGUAU